AUGACUCUAUUAUGGAAUUCUUACAUUUUUUUAAUAUUUUUUCCAAUUGUUAAACUUCAAAAAACAGAUAUUAUUAUUGAUACAACAACUAUAGUACCAAACAAACUAGAUUAUGAUACUUCUAUAAUGAAAUCUUUACAUAUUACUAUAUUAGGUGCAUUAAACAAUGAUGAACAUAUUAAAAUACUUAAUCAAACAAGUUUAAAUAUAAAUAAUGAAAUAGAAUUUUCAUCACAAUCAUUUAUUCUUGAUCCAAAUCCAUUAUUAACAAUGACAACAUUAUGUGAAGUAGGUGGUCAAUCACAUGCAAAAAUAAUUAUUGUUGGUAGUUCAACAAAUAAUGAUAAUAAUGAUUUAACAUUAUCUGGUAUUUCAUAUAUAUCUGAUUUUUAUAAUAUACCAAUUAUAACUAUAGCAUCAAGAGAUAAUAUUUUUUCUGAUAAAGCUUUAUAUGAUUUUAUUAUACGAUUAGUACCACCGUAUUUAUAUGAAGCUGAUGCUUGGUUUAGUAUAAUUCGGCAAUUAAAAUAUACCAAAGUUGUAUUAAUAUUUAGUCAAGAAGAAGAAAGUCGAAUGGUAGCAUCAAGAUUUCAAUUGCUUACAGAUGAUUCUGAUAUUCAGAUUGAACGAAUGGAAGAAUAUAUAUCUGGAACGAAUUUGACGUCAUUAAUAUCUAAUUUAACAUCUGAAGCUCGUUUAUUAGCACGUGUUUAUAUCAUACAUGCUGGAAUUGAAGAUACAGAUGAAUUAUUAACAGCUGUUGUACGAUUACAACAAUUAGAAAAUUUCGUAUGGAUUAUUAAUGAACGUGUAUUAGUAUCAAAUAGUUCAGCACUUUUUGAUGGUAUACUUGGUGUUAAAUUACACAGUUCAUUUACUGAAGAAAAUCUUCUUAUUGAUGCAACUCAACUUAUUAUGAAUACAUUUAGUAAAUUUAUUCAUCAUCCUCCUUUAUUUUGGUCAGAAAAGAUUUCUGUACUAAAUUGUUCAUCAAUGCAAUCUUGGUCUUAUGGACGAGAUGUUUUUCAAACUUUUCUUAAUUCAAGUGUUGAAGGUGGUAUUACAGGUAAUAUUUCAUUUAAUGAAGGAGGUGAUCGAAUUGAAUCAUUAUAUGAAAUAAUUAAUAUUCAACAUGGACAACUAACAGUUGUUGGUACUUAUCGUUCGAAUACAAGUAUUUGUACGACAAGUAGCAUGUGUCGAGAAGUUAUUGAUCGGACAGAAUUAAAACUUAAUGAAGAUCAAAUUAUUUGGCCGAAUGGACUCAAUCGAAAACCUGAUGGAGUUCAUACACGACGAAAUGUUUCGGUUGUUACAAUUGUUGAAAAACCUUUUAUAUUUGCUCGUCCUGGUAAUAAUUGUGAUCCAUUAUCUGAAGUUUAUUGCACACAUAAAAAUCUUAAUAAUUCCAAUGGUGAAGAAUAUGAACAAUAUUGUUGUUAUGGUUAUUGUAUUGCUUUAUUACAAGAAUUAUCAAAAAAUUUAAGUUUUGUUUUUACAUUACAUCUUGUCGCUGAUGGAAAAUAUGGAUCAUUUGAAAAAGAUAGGAUUGAUCAACAAAAAAGAUGGGAUGGAAUGAUUGGUGAAUUAAUAAAUUAUCAAGCUGAUAUGAUUAUUGCUCCAUUAACAAUGAGUCCUGAACGUGCAGAUGAUAUUGAAUUUACAAAACCAUAUAAAUAUCAUGGUAUAACAGUUCUUGUACGAAAGAAUCAUAGUACAUCAAAUUUAGGAUCAUUUUUACAACCAUUUAAAGGAGAAUUAUGGAUAAUGGUGUUAUUAUCUGUACAUAUUGUUGCUUUUGUUCUUUAUUUACUUGAUCGUUAUUCACCAGAUCGACUUCGUUUUGCAUCACGACAAGAUAAAAAAUUAGAAACAAAUUCUUCAGUUGACAGUGAAGACGAGGAAGAUCCACUUAAUUUAUCACGUGCACUUUGGUUUACAUGGGGAGUCCUUCUAAAUUCAGGAAUUGGAGAAGGUACACCAAAAAGUUUUUCUGCUCGUGUACUUGGUAUGGUAUGGGCAGGUUUUACUAUGAUUAUGGUUGCUUCUUAUACAGCUAAUUUAGCUGCUUUUCUUGUUCUCGAUCAACCAAAAACUAGUAUAUCAGGAAUUAAUGAUGCUCGAUUAAGAAAUCCUCAAGAUAAUUUUACUUAUGCAACAGUUAAAGGUUCAUCAGUAGAUAUGUAUUUCAAACGACAAGUUGAAUUUUCUACAAUGUAUCGAACGAUGGAAUCAAAAAAUUAUUUAACAGUUGAUGAAGCCAUAUCAGAUUUACGCGAUGAAAAAUUAAAUGCAUUUUUUUGGGAUUCACCAAGACUUGAAUAUGAAGCAGCUAAAGAUUGUGAUUUAGUUACAGCUGGUGAAUUAUUUGGACGAUCAAGUUAUGGAAUUGCAUUAAGAAAAAAAGAUGCAUGGAUUAAUCCGUUAUCACAUGCAAUAUUAUCAUUCCAUGAAAAAGGUUUUAUGGAAAUACUUGAUAAUCAUUGGAUAUAUGCAAAACAUGAGACACAAUGUGCUGAUGAUUCAUCAUCUCCGGCAACACUCGGAGUUGAUAAUAUGAGCAGUGUGUUUUUACUUGUUAUUGUUGGAGCGACAGUUGGAAUUUUUUUUCUUGCAUUUGAAAUCGUAUUAAAAAGACGGAAAGAACGAUUAGAAAACGAAAGUGAAAUAUCUCGAACUGCUCUUAUUCGUUGGAAGAAAAAAACAGAAGAACCAGAACAACAGCAACAGCCGAUAAUGUUCGAAUCGAAUAAUCAGGAAGAACAAAUUGCUAAUAGAAAUUCUUAUUCUGAAUUUCGCUCAAAUCGUCAUGAUCAUUCUACAUCAGUACAUUUAUAUUAA